ACAGGAAUUGGCUUCCUUAUCUUUUUUUCAUGUAACGGGACUCGUCUGCUGUCAACACGGAUUUUAGGGAAAACCUGCGCAGCAUUUUCACAGCUUGAGGAAAAUGUUCGAGACGACAACAUUUCCCAGCAUAUCCCGGAAUAAAAACGUGUAUUUGUAGACUUUCUGACUGUGGUUACAUCGGGUUUGGACAGAGGGAUGCCGGUGGAGAGCGGGAGCAGCGCUGCUGCCCGCCAGGCCAAGCAGAAGAGGAAGUCCCACAGCCUGUCCAUCCGCAGGACCAACAGCACUGAACAGGACCGCUCCGGCCUGCAGAGAGACCUGCUGGAGGGACAGUCCUCUGAUAAUCUGGAAUCCUUCAUGAGAAUGGAGGACUCCAAACUGCCUCUGUCCCUGAGGAGCAACCUGCUGGACCUCUUCAGUCAGAUCGAGAGGGAGUUUGAAAACCUUUACAUAGAAAACCUAGAAUUACGCAGAGAGAUUGAAACGCUGAAUGAUCGCUUGGCCGCGGAGGGGCAAACAUUUGAAGGGGCGGAUUUAGCAAAAGGAGCACUUAAAACAAAAGCGAGCCACAGCACCAGUCAGCUGUCUCAAAAACUGAAGACAACCUACAAGGCCUCAACAAGCAAGAUUGUGUCCAGUUUCAAAGCGACCACGUCCAGAGCGGUGUGCCAGCUGGUCAGGGAGUAUGUGGGUCACAGGGACGGCAUCUGGGACCUCGGUGUCACCAGGACCCAGCCUGUGGUGCUCGGGACAGCGUCUGCAGACCACUCUGCCAUGCUGUGGAGCAUUGAGACGGGAAAGUGCCUCCUCAAAUAUAUGGGCCAUCAAGGAUCAGUGAACUCCAUCAAGUUCCACCCUACUGAACAGAUGGCUCUGACAGCAUCUGGAGAUCAAACAGCUCACAUCUGGAGAUACAUGGUGCAGUUGCCGACCCCACAGCCUGUUGCUGAUAUCAGUCAGCAGAUGCCCUGUGAAGACGACGUGGACUUUUCAGACAAAGAUGAGGCAGAUGGUGAGGCGGAGGGGCCGAACGACUGCCCUUCCAUCCGUGUGGCGACCACGACUCUCCGUAGCCAUCAGGGUGUGGUGAUUGCCGCUGAUUGGCUGGUGGGCGGCAAACAGGUUGUGACGGCUUCCUGGGACCGAGCUGCCAAUCUGUACGAUGUGGAGACAUCAGAGCUGGUCCACUCACUGACCGGCCACGACCAGGAGCUGACCCACUGCUGCACACACCCCACCCAGCGUCUGGUGGUCACCUCGUCCAGAGACACCACCUUCAGGCUGUGGGACUUCAGAGACCCGUCCAUCCACUCUGUCAACGUGUUCCAGGGACACACUGACACGGUGACGUCUGCUGUGUUCACAGUGGGAGAUAACGUGGUGUCUGGGAGCGACGAUCGAACCGUCAAAGUGUGGGACCUGAAGAACAUGAGGUCACCCAUAGCAACCAUCCGCACAGACUCUGCAGUCAACAGGAUCAGCGUGUCGGUGAACCAGAAAAUCAUCGCUCUUCCUCACGACAAUCGGCAGGUCCGGCUGUUCGACAUGUCCGGGGUGCGACUGGCUCGACUCCCACGGAGCAACAGACAGGGUCACCGGCGCAUGGUGUGCUGCUCUGCCUGGUGUGAAGACAACACCACCUGCAACCUGUUCACCUGCGGCUUUGAUCGGCAGGCCAUCGGUUGGAACAUAAACAUCCCCGCUCUACUGCAGGAGAAGUGACCUCCUCCCUCUGUCACCUUACAGGGAAACACCACCAAAAGUCUCUGUUUGGAGUAUCAAACACUGAAACCUUCGAGUGGGAUUAAAAGGCGGCUGUGUAAAGUUUUGUCUAGUACCUUUGUGUUGAUGAAAAGUUGUCUCAUGUUGUAACGGACAGGAUGAAAUUCCUGACUUCUUUAGCAGCCGUCUUUUGAGCCCACGGGGGGGGUAAUUAUUUAUUCCAUGUUCCUAGAGCUCUGUUCUUCUCUCAUGCUCGGGGUAGGACAGGAAAAGGCCUUGCACUUGCUGUGUACUCCAUCUGUUACUCUCACUAAAUCACCGCUGCCAAAAUACACAGAACACAUUUGUGGUCUUUGUGUGGAAGUGAUUUAACAUGUGGAAAAAAAAAAAAAAUCCUGUGUAUCUGUAAAAAGCAGAGCCGUAAUUCACAAGCUUCUCUGCUGAAAGCAAAAACACAUUCUGUUAAUGCUAAAACAUUAUAUAUGUGACGCGCUGAUGUAUCUGCUUGAUGCUGAUUUAAGAUCCAAUACUGGGAAUCUAAUCUGUGCCACUAACAGCUGAUUCAUGCUGGACAAAGACGGCGGUCUUUGUUUUUAAAGGAAAAGUUCACUCGUUUUAUGUUAUUAGUUUUUUCCCGGAGAAAUACCAGAGUUACAUCAGUGAGAACCUGUCGUUUACUUUCUGCUUUACACAAGUUUCCUGAUUUCUGAUGCAACGUGGCAGCUGGAGAAAAAAAAAGAAGCCCUCACUGCUUCAAAUCUUCUGCAUUAACUAACUUGACAAGGCAUUAAUUUUCAGUAUUGUAAUUGGCCAGUUAUUCAUGCAUGUUAGCUUCUUCUCCACACCUGAAAUUAGCUUCCAAACAUUUUGUUUGGCAUCUGGCUCACUGUCGAUGACUCACACAAUAACUGAAAGUCAACAGUUGGUUAUUGAGCUACAUGCAGGCUCUAAAAUGACUCCUGCUCGGACUCAGUGUGUGUAUCUGUGUGACGCUGUUACAGCAGAAGCUCCGCUGCUCCGUGAGCCUGCUGCUGGUCAUCCAGAGCCUGCUUGUUGGUAAGCUAGUAUGAAAUGUUAACAAGUAGCUAACAGUUUAUCCAGGCGUAACUGCUAAACAUCAUGCCACUCCACAAACCCAACUGCAGUUAUGUCUGAGCUAUAGACUGUAUAUAAAAGAUGUAUGUAGCCACUGUUUUAGUGAGGGUUGUUCGGAGCCAUAAGUGACCAUAUACACACACAGUGCUAAAAAAACAGCCACAUUAAAAACUGAAGCACAAACGGCCCACAUAGCACCCCAUAAUAUUUUUAAGGUAAAAAAAUGCCUUAAAAAUGAUCCAAAAAGCACAAACACAGUGCAGAGGUUAGUGCAGAAGAGGCCUAGCAGUGUCCUGUACCUGUAUUGCAACACCUGUCAGUUAAAGUGGCCACACCUCCAACUUUAGAGUUAACAGUAUCCAAAUGGAUGAAUGUAGGAAAAAAAAUCACCAUGUUUUGAAGGAGGAAACUAUCCACCAAAAGCAAAAGCAUUUUUAGUACCAGGUUAUAAAUAUUUUUAAUGCUGUAAAGUUGGGCGUUUUAACGUCGUGCUUUAUGGGAAGUCACUCACUUUUGGAGCCAGCCUCAAGUGGCCAUUAGAGGAACUGCAGUUUUUAGCACAUCUUCAUUUUUCAGCACCAAAAGUUGCUGCUUAUUGUUAACAAACUGCCAUCAUUUAUGGAUAUUAAUGUUGGCUGCUUGCUAUUUUUCAGACUAGCUUGCUUACAUUGCAUGCUACAUAAUGUAAACUGACUGCUCGUCGCUGUCCUCUGCUUAGCAGUGAGUCAUUUGCAGGUGUGUUGCGCUGAUCGAUGGCCCAGUAUAUCAUCCACUGGUCUGGUGAUGUUUUUUGGUCCUUUGGGUAUUUGUACUACUGUUUUUAACUGUUUCAGCUUUUCACAGCAUUGUUAUUUAGUUUGGUGUAUGCCAAGACUAACAUGGGUCAACAUGGCGAUGACUCUGGCGUAAUAAACCAACGUAUCCUUUACUUCCAUUUAUCUAUCUUUUUUCCCAGGACCCUUAUUCUCCAGGUUGCUGGUUUUUUUUUUUUAAGUAUAGCUCCUCUUGUUGUCUUCUUAGAGUUUAACCAAUAAGAAUUCUCCAAGUUUAACAAAUUGGUAUCAAGCCAUUCCCGGGAGUUUUUCAGAGCUGCACAGAAGUACCUGCCACUGAGUAGCUCCUUUUUUCUACCCAGGAAUAAGUCCCGUGUUGGCAAACUGCGAUCGUUUGUAGUUCCUGUGGUGGAAAUAACUCGAAGCUGAACGUCACUCUAAAACCGCCCAAUCCUGCAGUUUAAUCAGAUUUUGAAGAGCUUAUGUCACAGCUCAGCUCUUUAUGUUCACGAGUUUCGUAGGUAAGCAAGUGAUGCACUUUUUAACAUUUCUGUUACAGUUUUUCUUUUUGUUGCUGUUAUUGGAAAUAAAUGUCUUUUGCUGGUAACUUUUGGCUGUUGGUCAGUUAACUUGUUGCCACAUAACUUAAAGGACUUUAAUGAUGAAGGUGAUGUUUCUGCCUGGGGGCGGAUUUAAAUGGGUAAUUCCUCGUGCUGCAGCGGAGCAGUUUGUCUUAGAACACGCUCUCCGGUGUGGCUCUGUUUGUCCUACAAUCAUCAGGCUGAACCUUCUCAUUUCAUUUAAAUGGGAAAGUCACUCCUGUUACAAGCUGGCAGCAGCUGUUAAAUAACAAAAUCACAAUUUGCUCAGAUAGAAGUGGAGAUUUUCAUGAAACGAUUAUAUUUCAUAUUUUUUCCUGUGUGUGUGUGUAACCAGAUCCAGGAAUCUAACACAUACACUUUUAUUCCUGCAGUGUUGACACGUUGUUUCAUCACAUCAGACUUUAGUCAACAAAAAGUGGCGUCAAACGUAGAUAAGUCUGUCGAAAUGUUUCCUCGUCUGCUCAGUCCAGCUGUCGUACUCAUGCCCGACACGAUUGUGAAGCCUUUUUGUAGUUCAUCGCAGUGCCCUUUAGUGAUUAGUGUUGAAACAAUGUUGUGGGGAUUUUUAUGGUACUUCGAAACAAGUGAGGAGUGUUGUGAUGCGUUCACUGUCACUGGCUUCACUUUCCCACUGCCACUAAAAGACUCAGCCAAAGCUGAAAGACUGUGUGUGUGUGUGUGUGUGUGUGUGUGUGUGUGUGUGUGUGUGUGUGUGUGUGUGUGUGUGAGAGAGAGAGAGAGAAAGUGUCACUGUGUUUUCAGAAGAAAGUGUGUGUCUACUGUGGUGAGACAAUUAUAUGUUGGAUAAAACACAUUUAAUGUUAACGGGCAGUUCAAGUUCACACUGGUGUAUUACUCUGUGUGUGUGUGUGUCUGUGUUUUCCACUCGUGAGUUAAAGCAGUGACACAAUAAAGAAGCACAAUUCAUGUAAAGCUUAAGUCCAGCUUUAUAUUUGUGGUGUGUUCACUGGUUUGUAAGAAGCGCACGGACAUGAUUAACAUUCUGUCUCUUCAGUGGGAACAGAAUCAUUUUUUUUGGAUGAACAAGUAAACGUGGUCACUCUACAGCCGCCUUUUACACGCCUGAAUCGAGUGGGCAGAACUUCAGAAGGUGUAAAAGGAUCAUAAAUUUGAAUAAACUGAGAAGCAUAGACUUUAUCAUUCUGAGGCCUGAGCUUCAGUAUUUGGGCUGCCACUGCGUAUGUUUUAUGGAGCCCAGAAAAGACCCCGUUUAAAUGUGAGGGCUGUCCUCUAGCCCAGCAGGCCACCAUCAGCCACAGCUGUCUGUGUCAGCAGCCACAGUUUGUAAUCUGAAGAUGGGAGUCAGUUUUUGGCUCUUCAUGUUUUUUUCUCUCUUUCUCCCGUAGUUGGUGUAGAGGCGCGUGUAAAGUGUUGACUUCCUCUAUGAGAUAUGAAUGUUAAAAACUGUGAUAUAUUAAGAAGGGCUGGCUGUUUAUUGUCCUUCAGCUGCAGCUUAUUCUUUAUAACAUGUUACAUUUUAUUUGAGUAACUCAGUUUUGUUGCUUUAUGAGGGAUGAUUUUGGAUCACCUGUUUUUUUUUUUUUCUCCCCCCAUUCACAUAAACCCGUUCAUUUUAUCAUUUGUGCUGGGGAAGAGGCAUGCAGAGGGUUGGAGGAACAGCAGUUUUCCCAGACAUGAUUUCCUUCCAGUCUAGUUUAGAGAUCAGUGAAAUUUAAAUAAUGUGCUUUUCCUAAAAUAAAGGGAUAAGGAAUGAUUCCAGGAGCAGGAACAAGUUCAUGGGAAAUCUUAAAAUUGUAUUAGAUUUACAGGUGUUAUUAAAGGAAAAGUGAUGUCACACACGAGACUGAAAAUUGAUUUAAGGUUAGGAUACCCGGCUUGCAUGAAGGCUUCAGUCGCUCUCGCAGUAAAAGGGUUUAGUUGUCAGCUUUUAUAAAAUAAUUACAAAAAGUUCCUUUUUGUAAUUAUCCACUGCAGAAUUUAAGUAGAACUUUCCCCACCAGGGGGCAGAAUUUUAACAGUUUAAAGGUUCUGCUGAUGUGUUGCGCCAUCUUGUGGUACAAAUUGAUACUACACGAAAGUACAGCCUGGCUCCAGUUCAGCUUUCAUUGAUAUCUGUACUUCAACACAAAUGUGUAGUUGCUUUGACAAAAUUCUGUUGAUUGGCUUUCAUCACUUUUGGCAAGUUUUUAGCUAUUUUUAAGCACAGGGUGUGUAAGAAGUACCUUUAAUUCCCCUGGUAAAGAGGAGCCGUGAUAUCUGAGUUAUUGGAUUUUAACUGAAGCUGCAGCUCAGGCUGAAUACUUUUUUUUUCUUUUUUUUUUAAAUCCUGACAUGCGCCGAAACUUUACAGUUCUAGUUUUAGUAGCAAAUGAAUAACUAAAAAAAAAAUCAGUAGUAAAUAUUGACACAGAUUUGUACGUAUAUGCAGGGUCUCUGAGACUUCAUGUCAUUAGAUGAAUUUCCUUUAAAGUCGACGCUCUGGCUCUGUUCCCAGUCUGGCCUCUAAUCUGUUCCUCAGGCCGUCAUCCCUGCUUUAAACAUUUGUUUGUGUGGUGAAAAUGAAAAUGCGUCUUUGUGUGAGUGAAUGUGUUUGUGCACCCGGCUGCUCUUUCCACCAACACUGAGCCACUUUGUUUCCACCUUCACGACUCACCGGUUUUAACUGAACAUUAAGUUUCAUUUUUCAUGCCGUCACAAAAACCCGAUCACAUCACGUUCUCACCGAGCAUCGUCCAUCUGGAAGCCUCGUCAGGCUGCGGGCUCCUGGUGUGUAAGCAGUGUUUCGUGUGGUCGAUGUAAAAACAAAAACACAACAGCUCAGUUAUCAAAAGAAAAAGAUGUUACCACAGUUUUGUGGAUUAUGACUGUGUAACGAGGAGCGAGCGAUCGCUCGUUGAACAAAAAUAAACCAUUUGUGCUGUU